UUAUUCCAGCUUGCAGCAUGCAAAGAAUUCCUUGUUUCGUGUAGAGAUCUCCUCGGUUUAGAUGAGGAUAGAGGAAUUUCACAGUCAUCUUCACAUCCACUUUUUUCAGCUCUUUCCGAACCUGAACGGGUUUUUGGAAAAUUACCGGAUCAAAGGUUUGUACUCAAAAUCGGACAUGAGUUCCAGAGAACAUGGAAGGGCCAUCUAAGCCACUCUUCCUCCGCCAGGCUAAAUUUCCCUGCGAUCGGACAGUUACCCAUUCAGUUGUUUUGA